CGCCUCCUCUCACCUCCAAUUUUUUAUACGUGUCUACUUACCCAUUUCGCCACGUCAUCUCUCUUUCGGAGGCCGAACCCCCAAAGCUGUCAACUCUCCACCAGCAGUUUAACACGUUGUGCCGUCAAAGGAAUUGUCAAGGAAAAAAUAAAAAAGUCCACCCUUUUUUCAGCUCCUCUUAUAUCACAAUUGGCAAGCAGCUCAUAACAGAACUCAAGAUAAACAAGUUCAAACACUUCUCUUUUUCCUUCUCAUUUCUCUCGUUUCUGCUUUACUAUAUGGACUGGAUUAGAGGCCCCACCUUAGGCCGUGGCUCCACCGCCACCGUCUCCCUCGGCAACUCUAUCUCCGGUGACGUUUUUGCUGUCAAGUCUGCUGAGCUUGACCAGUUCCAGUUCUUGCAAAGAGAGCAAAAGAUUCUCUCUUCUUUAAGCUCUCCUUAUGUAGUUGGCUACAAGGGCUGUGACAUUACUAGAGAGAACAACAAGGUUAUGUACAAUCUUUUCUUGGAGUACAUUCCCGGCGGUACACUUGCCGAUAAAGUUAAGGCACACGGUGGCCGGCUGGAAGAAUCGGUGAUCGGAUACUACACGGGUCAAAUUGUUCAAGGUCUGGAUUAUCUACAUUCAAAUGGCUGGGUUCAUUGUGACAUCAAAGGUAGGAAUGUUUUAAUAGGAGAAACUGGCGCCAAACUUGCUGAUUUUGGGUGUGCCAAAAGGGUCGAUGCGGUGGAGGCAGCAACGCCAAUUGGCGGCACGCCAAUGUUCAUGGCACCAGAGGUGGCGCGUGGGGAGGAACAGGGUUGUUCUAGUGACAUAUGGGCUUUAGGGUGUACAAUUAUUGAAAUGGCUAACGGUGGAGUAGUGUGGCCUGAUGUCAAUGAUCCAGUUUCUGUCAUGUACCGGAUUGGAUUUUCCGAUCAGUUGCCGGAGUUCCCAUGUUGUCUAUCAGAGCAAGCAAGAGAUUUCUUGGACAAAUGUUUAAGGAGAGAUCCAAAACAAAGGUGGACAGCCAAUCAGCUUCUGAAGCAUCCAUUUCUGGUAAAAUCAAAUUCCAAUUCUCAUUCUCAUGCAAAACAAAUUCAAGAAUCCAAUUCAAGUUCAAAUUCUCCAACAAGCAUUCUUGACCAAGGCUUUUGGAGCUCACUAGAUGAAUCAGAAUCAGAGAACGUGGACAAUCUGGUCCACCCAAGUGAAGAAAGUUCAGCCAAAGAGAGGAUCAGACGGCUGUCCUUACUUUCAGAGGGACCCAGUUGGGAUUGGGAUGAGAAUUGGAUCCCAGUAAGAGGCAAUUGCAGCGAGGACGGUGAUACAAUGAUGGACUCAGUUGACGCAGCAGGUGACGUGAUUAGGUACGGUUCAGUGUACCUAGAAAGCCACGGUGGCGAGCAAUUAUUGGACGACUUGUUAGAUACCAAUAUUAGAAGUAGAAUUAGUGGGGACUUUCUGGGAGUCUGUAAAUAUGGGAAAGAUAGUUCUCUAAUUAGAAGUAAUGUAGAGUUUAAUAAGCACAAAGAUACCUUGUUAAUCCCUUAUAUUCCAAGAUUAAUAUUACAAGCAUAAAUUCAUA